CAUCAUCAUCGCAGCCAUCACAGUCGCAACUCUCACCAUCACCAUAAUCGUAAGCAUCAUAAAAGCAAACAGAAACCGAAAUCCAAAGUAUCGUCCAAAUCGCCUAAAAGAGAAGAAAAGAAAGUAGUUUUCGAUUUGAGGACGGCAGAAAAGGAGGAGCCGACGGAGACAAAUCUUGAGUCACUUAAUGAGGAAGCAGCAAACCCGCUUGCGAGCAGAAGUGUACAGGAACGAUUGAUGGGAGCAACACAGGAUGAUGGAAAAGAGGCAGACACAGCAUUGGAACCAUCAGUGAGUGAAAUGAGCAGUGGACACCCAUAUGCUCCUGUGGAAUCGAACUCAACCAUGACAGCCAAAGAAGCCAGUUUAUACAAAGAGUCGACAUAUGUCCAAUAA